ACACAACCAAUCGCCAACCGCUUACAACCGGCGAAAGGUUUUAUAUACAAGUGGAAUUCGCACUGCCAAAUUGCUAUAAGUCAAAAUAUAGGGUAGUCGGGCGGUUCACUCGUUCGUCGCGUACUGCCUGGAGUGCAGCUCCGUCUGUUUUUUUUUUUAAGUGACCCGCGUGUAUUCACGCGAUAUCGGAUAGCGGUUGGAACACGCGUCGGGCAAAUGCAAGUCAUAGUGCCGUCAAAUUAAUACACCGGCAAAACGAGACUGUGUAAAAAUGGGGUGCAGUGCCAAAUACUGUUUACUGACUUUGUCCUUGUGCCUAGUGACUGAACUGACGUUUGGUGUGAGAGUGAUGCCCAAGCGGAAAAAAGAAGCAAUCAACGCCCCGGAUGACCAGUCAACAUCAGCAUCAUGGUGGCAGGCAGGCACAGCGACACCCUUCCGCGAGAACAGUAAUUCCUUCGCCUCUACACACGGACUGGUGCAAACCCAUCCGAGUAGCAACGAACCUUACAAUCCUUUCGGAUCGAUAGAUCCAUCGCAGAACCCAUUUGUACAAACAAGCGGCAGCGGUCCGCUCAGUGGUAACUUCAGAAAUAAUCCACUACCACCAUUGGCAAGGCAAGCGAAUGGCAAGCUGUCGCUGAAACAUUUGGACUUCACAAGCAGUGCAACCGCUGAACUGAGAAGGAACCCAGCGCUGUCAGCCCCUGAUGAGUGCGCUAGAGCAUGCAGGGAAGAUGAACCGCCAAGAAUUUGUUACUACCACUUCACUCUGGAGUUCUACACUGUAUUAGGAGCAGCCUGCCAGUUAUGUACACCCAACGCAACCAACGCGGUCUGGUCACACUGCCAAUGUGUGUUAGCCGAUGGAGUAGAACGUGGUAUCCUUACCGUCAACAGAAUGUUACCCGGUCCAUCUAUCCAAGUUUGCGAGAACGACAGGGUUGUUAUUGAUGUCGAGAAUCACUUGGAAGGUAUGGAAGUAACCAUUCACUGGCACGGCAUCUGGCAGCGAGGCACCCAAUAUUAUGACGGAGUACCAUUUGUAACUCAGUGUCCUAUUCAGCAAGGAAACACAUUCAGGUAUCAAUGGAAAGGAAACGCAGGUACCCACUUCUGGCACGCACACACUGGUCUUCAGAAACUGGAUGGUAUAUACGGAAGCGUAAUUGUUAGGCAACCGCCUUCCAAAGACCCCAAUAGUCAUCUGUAUGAUUAUGAUCUGACCACACAUGUUAUGUUGAUCAGUGAUUGGCUUCACGAAGAUGCAACUGAAAGGUUCCCAGGUCGUUUAGCUGUUAACACAGGUCAAGACCCUGAAAAUGUUCUCGUUAAUGGAAAAGGACAGUUCAGAGACCCCAAUACUGGAUUUAUGACAAACACUCCUCUUGAGGUGUUCACCAUUACGCCUGGCAAAAGAUAUAGGUUCAGAGUUAUUAACGCCUUUGCUUCAGUUUGCCCUGCCCAAAUCACCAUCGAAAAUCACCAAAUGACGUUGAUUGCUACGGACGGUGAACCAGUUCAACCCGUCGUUGUUAAUACCAUCAUCAGUUUCUCUGGUGAACGGUAUGAUUUUGUCAUCGCAGCAGAUCAAAUAGUCAAUAAGUAUCCACCAAAACCUAAAGGAGGAUAUGGAGGAGGAGAUGGAGGAUACGGGGGAGGAGAUGGAGGAUCAGGAGGAUCAGGAGCUUACUGGAUUCAAGUCCGGGGUCUUGGAGAAUGUGGCACUAAGCGCACACAACAAUUGGCUGUCCUUCGAUAUGCCAGAGGACCUUAUCAGCCAUCGUCCCCACCUCCAACCUACGAUGUAGGACUUCCACAGGGAGUGGUUAUGAACCCACUGGAUGCGGUCUGCGAUGUCAAAAGAGUCGAUGCUGUGUGUGUCAGUAACCUUAAAUCAUCCAAAGCGAUAGAUAAGGCCAUCUUGCAAGAGCGGCCAGAUGUCAAGAUAUUUUUGCCGUUCAGAUUCCACUUCUACAAACCCAAUGAUCUAUUCAAGGAGAACACUUAUAGAAAUUAUUUAGUGGCCCCCAGUGGAGACCACGUGCUCAGUCUGGUGGACGAGAUCUCGUACUCCGCGCCGCCGGCCCCCCCGCUGUCGCAGAUGCACGAGCUGCCCCCCGAACUGUUCUGCAACGGGGACAACCGGCCCGCAGACUGCCCCGCCGACUGCAGGUGCACCCACAUGAUCGAUGUGCCGUUGAAUUCUAUUGUCGAGAUAGUUCUUGUUGAUGAAGUACAGUCACCCAAUCUAUCCCAUCCGUUCCACCUGCACGGGACGUCAUACAGCGUGAUCGGAAUGGGCCGAUCGCCUGAUAAGAAUAUAAAGAAGAUCAAUUUAAAACACGCCCUAGACUUGGACAGGAAGGGUCUUUUACACAGACAGUACGAUCUGCCACCUCUCAAAGACACCGUAGCCGUACCUAAUAAUGGAUACGUAGUACUGAGACUAAAAGCCGAUAACCCGGGCUAUUGGCUAUUCCAUUGCCACUUCAUCUACCACAUAGUAAUAGGAAUGAAUUUAAUAUUACAUGUCGGAACACAGAGGGAUCUGCCGCCGGUACCGCCGAACUUCCCUAGAUGUGGGCAUCAUUUGCCAUCAAUAGCAACACCGUCGUACUACCCUGGAUAUUAGAGUCAAAGCUGAAGAAGAGCGAUCUCUUACGACGAUAGGUUGAAACCAUAUACAUGAGUUCAACAUUAAAAACGUACUGCCAUAUUUUAUUAUGUUGUUAAAAAUAUGAACAACGUACGAACGAAAAAAAUAAAUUAUAAAUCUAUUUGGUGAUACAAGGGGUCCAUGAUUAUAAACUACAACUUUUAAACUAGGAGACCAAAGUUAUCGAUUAUGUUACUACCCUCAAUUCAUAGAUCUAUCAUAUUAUUCAUAAUCAUUGUUUCUUUACCUUUGUGUCUUGAUGUUAUUAUAUUUUAUCCAAAUCUUUAUACUCACAUAUCACAAUAUUUUAUAUAUAUUUUGUUAUAUCUGAAAAGUUGAAGUAAACUGUUUCAACGGAUAUUAUUUUAAUUUUAUUUAUUGUUUGAUUUUCGUUAAGAAUUUUGUUUCAUUUAUUCCUUUGGAGUUAAAUGAGUAAGUGUUCCGUCCGUUGAACAUGUUUACCCCAAUUUUAUGUUUUGUUACUUGUUUUAGAAUUGUAAAUAAAUGCUAUACUUAGGUAAUGUCGUGUAAUAUAAAGUAGAUGUAUAUUUUUGUACUAUGACAAACAUGAGAUGGGAUGUGUGAAGGAUAACUUUACAUCAAUAUUAGAGAUUCUCAUUUGGUGUUAAAAUUAACGCACAUACAUCAAAAUAAUAUGGCAUAACCUUUUCAUAUUAAACCUCUCAAUUAGGUUAUUAUAUUGAUCUGAUGUGUAUAAUAACUGUAUCAUUAUUACACGUUUUAUGUAGGAGUAAUGAAUAAAGAGUUAUUGUUCUCAAAAGGACAUUUUUCAAGCUGAGUUUACGUCAAGAUUAAGAACCGACAUUUAAAACAUAUAAUUAAUUUGUAAUAAGAAGCCCUCUACCUAUUGAUUCUUUGCUUGUCGCAUAUUAUCAUCAAAUGCACUCUGCAAUGCAUUUAGUCCAUUACAAUUUUCACAUUUAAGUUAUUAUUCGUCUAUGACAUUGAAAUGUCUGAAAUGCUUUUGGUCCCCACACACUCAAUAAUAUUAUCACUAAGGUUUCUCGUAUUUCCUAAAGAAAUAAUACUCUAAUGUUGUCGGAGUACGACUUACACCGACAUUCAUUGAAAUCAUUAUUGUGUGUGUACGGAGGUAUGUUUACGUUAUAGUUUAUGGCUUUUGAGUGUUUUAAGAUUAUAUUUCUAAAACGAAUGAGGAUCUCAAUUCAAGCUAUGUGCUUGUGUUGGUACAUAUAUGUUAUAAGUUACUUUCCGUGGCUUUUUUGGCAAUUUUAACAUUAUAGCGUAGAAUCGUUUCUAGAUGGAUGAUGAUGAAACUAGACAAGAAAAAAUUAUAUUUCAAACAAUGCACGCUUAUGCAAUCUUUAUUAUAAUUUUCCACCAUUGAAUAACAUAUUCGAGUCAAUUACGAUUGAAAUAUCUUGAAGAUAUUACCUAGCACGUUGCAGACAAUAAAUGUAAUGUAAAAACGGUAACCAAAGUGUACAAUAAUCGAAAGAUCACGUUCGAUGCAGAACUGGGAAGCCUCAUUUAAAUGUACUGAUUCGAUGUAGAAUAUAAAGAUCUUUUUAUAUUAUAAUAUUUGUAUGAAUAACAUUAUUUUCUUCGUACUAAGUCGUUGUGAGACUUGUAACCGUAAUAAAUUUACGGUGUCUCUUAUAUUUAAUAUAUUUGUCACACCUACCAUACAUUAUACAAACUACUGCUUACGCCUGUUAAAAAUAAUAUUCAAUAUCAUUUGAUAGGUAAACUAAUCAAAAGAAGUUAGAAUCUCUAUAAAUAUUGGUUAUUUCAACCCAUUUGCAAAUCGCUUUAUACUAAUAUAGAUUUAGGUUAUUUUUUCGUACAUUUAAAAAUAACCCCAUCUAUCAUAAAAAAAUGAAGUCUUUAAAUGAUUUCCGUGCAAUUAUUAAAAGGAAUAAUUAUGAAUAUUGUAAUUACCAAGCAAUACAGAUUGCGUACAAUUUUUUUUUUAAUUAACUGUUAAAUGUAACAUUUU